AUGCGUCUCCUACCAGCGCUUCUGCUCUAUGGGGCCUUGAUUCCCUCCGUUUCCGCCAUCCCCGCGGCCUCCAGUAUCGUGCCACCUCCCCAACCCCAACCCGCCCUUACGUAUGCCUCCGAGCCACGCCCAUGGACCCGAUUCCGAGACUGGGUCAUCGAAUCUGUCUGGAGAACCGGUCGCUGUUCCUCUCACAAACACACCGGCCCACCACUCAAUGUACGAGAACGCUAUGAGACUGACGUCGUUCUCCGAUUUCACUUGCGUCAUCCGGGGGAGGCAGAGGCGUUGGCCUCGGCAUCACAGGCACUAAUCCUAGACGUCUGGGCUAUCACGGCGGAAUAUGUCGAUAUUCGCCUGACAGAUGACAUGAUUCCCUCCUUACUCGACUUGCUGCCCCCCUCGCUCCGCACGGCCCACACCCCGCUCAUGGAUGAUCUGGUAGAUAUGAUCUACAGUACAUAUCCGAGACACCAUCCUGAGAGCUGGAAAAGUGGAUAUGGGUUUGCGGGGGAUGGCCGAGUAUCUACGGUUGACGAUGUCUUCUUCCGCGACUACCAGCCGCUUACGGUUAUCGAGCAAUGGAUGAAAUUAAUGGCAACGAUGUUUCCGUCGCAUGUUCAAUUCACCAGCAUCGGACUGUCGUAUGAGAACCGUGAAAUACCAGCCCUGCGACUAGGCGCUUCAAAUUCAAAUUUCAGAGCAGCAGGACCACGAAAGACGAUCGUGAUUGUCGGUGGCCUACAUGCUCGUGAAUGGAUCAGCACAUCAACCGUGACCUAUAUUGCACACAGCCUCAUAACUCAGUAUGGCGAGUCCAACUCCGUCACGCAACUCUUGAAUGAAUAUGACUGGGUUCUAGUCCCAACACUCAAUCCCGACGGAUACGUCUAUACAUGGGAGUCGGACCGUCUAUGGCGGAAGAACAGGCAACCAACCGGUCUUCCAUUCUGUCCCGGGGUUGACUUGGACCGAGCCUGGGACUUUGAGUGGGAUGGGGAAUCAACACGGUCCAACCCAUGCAACGAGAAUUACGCUGGCUCAGAGCCUUUCGAGGCUCUCGAAUCGCAUCGACUCGCCGAGUGGGCAAAGAAUGAGACCUCCAGUGGUCGUGCGAAUAUUGUGGGCUUCUUAGAUUUGCACUCCUAUUCACAGCAGAUUCUCUAUCCUUAUUCUUACACGUGCUCUUCUGUGCCUCCAACCCUCGAAAGCCUCGAGGAACUAGCCUUGGGUCUGGCGAAGGCCAUUCGACACUCAUCUGGGGAACCAUAUGAUGUGACGUCCGCCUGCGAGGGCAUCCUGACCUCAGGUUCGGCUGACUUCAUUACCUCGGGUGGCAGCGCCUUGGACUGGUUUUAUCACGAACUCCAUGCCACGUACUCGUAUCAGAUCAAACUGCGAGACCGUGGUAGCUACGGGUUCUUGCUUCCAUCUGAACACAUUGUUCCCACUGGCGAGGAGAUCUUCCACGCUGUGUUGGCACUUGGCAGAUUCAUCAAGAACGGGGCCAUCUUUUCUUCCACUGACUUCGACUUUUUGACCACUGAUCAACAGCCACUGGCUUGA